GCAGCAUUAUGCAGCGCGCGAUCGCUGGCACAUCUCGUGAUUGGCUACCGUCGUUCCCAUACUUGUUUCGACGUCGAGGGCAUGCAGAAAAUUCCUCAGCCAAGUCCACGAAGCCACAAAAAACAGAAGGGUUCACCUGUGGCCAAACGUGUUGCAGCACCCUCGGUUUCAAGCACACCCAUUCGGAACCAUCCCUUCGCCUUGGCGGCGGCACGGCAGGUUCGUUCUCCAGAACUUGUGUCACCGGCCAACAGGCAAUAUACUGGUGGGAAGUACGACACGUUGUCAUAUCACUCGACUGUAUCUUCCCGGGGCAUGCCAUCACCAAAGUCGAUGCUGGGCGAACGCCCCUCACAACGUUCAAGCCCGUCAUCCAUAUCUACGAAGCAAUCCCCGCCGACAUCUUCCUUCGAGCGCGUAAGCACUAGCUCUCAGAGGGCAAAGCACAGAACGCUAUCUUUCGUGAUGGUGAUGGCUGGCGUACUUGCGAUCUUGGUAACAUUCCUCUUGGCCUUCAUACUCAAGGUUGUACUCACGUCCCACCCUGUUACAGCGGAUUCCUGCAUUACCAGCGCUUGCCGAGCGUACGCAGCAUAUUUAAAAGACAGCAUGAACGAUACUAUCAGCCCCUGCGAUAACUUUUACGGUUACGUAUGCGGCAAAAAGUCGCGCAUGUAUUCGGUUCGCUAUGACGCUUUCGUCACCUUCAGGGAUCGUGCUAUUCAGAGGAUCAAGUCGCGCACGAUACGCAUGUCAAACCAGUCCGCAGUUGACAAGGCAGCUAUGUUCUACCAGAGCUGCGAAAAUGUAUUGAAGUACGAAGACGACGGCGAGCUUCCCCAGGUGAAGUCCAUUCUGCAAGACGCUGGAAUAACAUGGCCGACGCCAGCAAGAAGUCCUGACGUGUUGUUGACGAUGCUACGUCUUUCCUCCUAUUGGCUAUGGGACAGCUUCAUCUCCGUGAGACGGAUUCUCCGCUCCGGAGCAGUCUUGGCUUUAAGAGUUGGACCUUCUCCUCAUUUCUCUACCCUACUCAGGCAAAGGAACAACAUCGUAAGGGCAAAUAAAUAUUUUGAUUACUUCGUCGUCAUCUACGAGGCACUCAAGACAACCAACAAAACGGCCAAUGAAGCAUUUGAGGAAGUCAGAGCGGCCGAACGUGACGCCGUCCCGCUGUUUGAAGCCAGGCUUCAAUCUGGUAAAGUGAAGGCGGAGACUACUAUCAGUGGAUUCAACUACACCGCUCCAGAUAUACCCAGCGAGCGCUGGCUGCAGGGGUUUACGACGCACUUUAGCGACCUCGUCGAGUCCAACCCUACCAUAGUCGUCGACCAUGUUCGUUUUUUCCAAGCGAUGCCGGUACUGAUCGAAAGAAUGGGAGAAGCGAACCUUCACCUGUACCUCAGUUGGACUGUCGUGCAAAGGUUGAUCUUGCUGAGCAACGCAAGGCUUGUGGUGAACUACCAUGGAAAUGUCGAAGCCGCUAAGUACAACCAGAGAUUCUUCUGCUUUCACUUGGUGCAAGAAAAGAUGGGCUUCGCAUUCCUCUCGCCGUACGUGUCCACCACAUACACGCCGUUCGUUAGAAACGAGGUGGAGAACAUCGUUGAAAACGUACGCCAGACAUUCGAUCACCUGUAUUCUACGAGCUUCCAUCCAUCUGACGGGUUCAGAGCAGCACAGCACACAGAUUCAGUGUUGCAGUAUCUAGACAUGUUUCUCGAAAGAAACGUUGAAAACUACUACGGCAACUAUUCCUCCAUGACAGACAAGGUGGUCGGCAACUACAAGAUCACUUGUGAUGGCGCCCGAAACAGCAAACACAAUGAGUAUGCAAUACUUCGUCAUUUUAGAACAGAGGAUGACAGUGAAGUUGCAGUUCUUGAUGAUAUCAAGGACGAGGUUGUAUUAGCUCCUAACGUGCUGGAAUUGCCGUUCUACGACGAGAUGGUUCCCUCAAGCGUCAAGUACGCCGCCUUGGGAUCUCUGCUUGCAGAGUCACUAAUGAGUUUGCUCCUUCGUACCUAUCCCAUGUGGCGAGCAAAUUCGCGCAGCAUGAUGCUUCAAACAGUGAAGUGCCUAACAGGAGAGGAACGACAAUUGAAGGCUGGUCUGCCAAGCAAUCCAAGGACUCUGCAUAAUAUCGUUUCGAUAGCAACUAUUGAUAUCCUCCUAUCUACUAACAAGACCAAAACUGACCGUGCGAAAGGAAUAGGAACAAUAUCGCCCGACAAGACCUUUUUCGUGAUCUGGUGCUAUGUCUUGUGCGCUGCCGGCGGUGACAAUGUCAACGACCUCUGCAAUGGCCCUUUAAGACACGUUGCGGAGUUCGCCCUUGUCUUCGAAUGCGCCAAGAAUACGUCGAUGAGGGCAGAGCCAACCUGCAAAGUGUUUCCUGUUUGAGUAUUUAAAAGUUAUUCAUUAGUAAACCCAGUAUAUCGGCGUUGCCGAACCUGGACCGAAAUGCA